AGAAGAGAAGCGACCAAUCAGCGCCGAGUUUGUGUUUUUGAAUCGGUCUGUUUUGAACGUAACGCGGUUGAUGUCAUCUCGGGGUGAACAGCUUUAUUCAUCAGAUUUGAAACCUUGGUUCGAGUUGGCUGUUUAAGUUUGGAAGCUGAAGGGGUUGUUUAUGCGAACUCCGGAUUGAUCUUUGUGAGAGGAUGUCACGGUCCAGCAUAGAAGACUGGUCUUCCAGUAGAAGAGGCGAGCGUACUCCUCUGAGAAGCCUGGAAAAUGAGACUCCUUCAUCGAGGAUCAGGUCAAAGCCACAAUUCAGCAGUGACACAGUGAAAGCUAGCAUGGCUGACAUUCAUCUCUGUGACACACAGACCCAGUUGGGCUCUCUGACCGUUCCCGUUUCCAUGGAUACUACCCAGUCUGUGUGUGGACUUGAAGAUGUCACAUUCAAAACCUUUAUUUGUUCCGGAGGUGAAGUUGAGAUUUCAGACUCAGAUGGUGGAGAACAAAGUUUGAUUUUGCCUAAACAUGGGACUACUUUUCCUCUUACCGCCGAAGCAGAAGAUUCGGUUGCUUCACCCAGCAGGAUGGAGCAACCUUGCGGUGAGCAUGUGGAGCAUCCAUAUUGCAACUGCAGCGUCGAACAGCCGGGUUCUCCAAUCGCCUGUGAAGCCGAUGAGAAGAAGUCGUUCGCCUGUGAUGGAGGUGAGGUUAAAGUUCCAGACUCCACUGGAUUAAAGGAGGAGACGGUUCCUCUGCCCCAGGAUGACCACUGGGGUCCAGCACAAGACGACGGCACAAACUCAGCCGACUGCACCCUGCUGCUCCCAGUGGAGCAUGUCGAUCAUCUCUACUGCAGCAGUGGAAACGAUGAUAUCUCUACAGCUCAGACAUCAGAAAACCCAGAUGAUCUAACUCUGAAGCUGCUGAACUGCAGCGGUGGCGAGGUACAAAUCCCAGCAGAAGCUGAUGUUGCAGAUGAGACUGUUCCUCUUUCUUACACCUGUUCUGGCUGCAGCCAUAGUAUAGAUCCGAGUGUGUUAACCAGUGAUUAUGACCUGGAAAAUGGUAAAGAUCACUUAGAUCAUCCCUACUGCAACGUAAAAUACAACUCCUCGCUCCCACCAGAGGAGGUGAACACUAUUCCAGACCUACAACCGUGCAGCGCUGAAAUAAACUCGGUGCUACCUAAUGGGCAGGAUGAGAACUUUGAUUGGAAAUCAGGUGAAUCCCAGGUGUCUGAAAAGAUGUUGACUCCGCCUAAAGAAAAUUACAACAAAGAACAAAAAAACGACCGUCUGAAGAAUGGAGAAGUCGUGUUUGAUGCUAAUCUACCGCCUGAGACUAAUGCAUCAUUAGUUGUGUCCGACUGCAGCCAUCUGGAUGCUUCGGCAGAAACUCUGCCACAGCAGCAGCUGGAUUCCAGAUCCCACUCCGAGGCAAAGGACAGCGCUCUGGGUUCUUUGGGUCUCUGUAACUCUGCAGGAAAAGGUCCUCCUGCAUCUCCUGCUAUCUUAAAAGUCCUGUCAGAGUGUCCAUCAGUUGCCUCCGCCCUGCAGUUUCUCAGCCCCAUCAUGAAGAGAGCGUCUCUGUCCGUGCUGAAGCGCCCCGAAGUGUCGGGUCAGGACAUGUUUGUACCUGACGAUUCUGCUCUGGAGGAUGAGAAAAGCCUUUUGGCUCCUGUUGAUGUUGACUCCAUGGGGUUGUUAGCAGAGCAGCUCGAAAGCCCAAUGCCCCGCCCUCUGCUUAACUCCACGGUUGUAAGUUCAAAACCACAGGAGGUUUCUGGGAAGAAAGCGCAGCUGGAAACGGCGCCGCUGAUUCCUGAUGGCCAGUUUCAGCAGCAGCUUCGGCAGAUGGCCGAGUUCCUCAUGAUGGCAUGUGGAAAGAUGAGUGUCGCUCCUCCUGCUGCCUUCAUGGGCCCCUCAGACAGACCAGCUCCUCCUGCUGCCUUCAUGGCCCCCUCAGACAGAGCGGAUCCAGCAGAGUCCCACAGUGUCUGUGUUGGCACCAGUCCACUGAAGAUGGUGGACCACAGUCUGAACACGUCGGGAAUAUUUGUGAAAAAGAGGGAAUUCUCUGUGACCGAUUCCUGCACAGCGACCGAACCACUCAUCUGGAAUUUACCUCCAGGCAGCCUGGAGAGCCUCCUGCGGCCGGAGCUGGAGCAGAGGCUGAUGUCCAGCAUGAUCAUGGUGGAGGCGCUGGUCCAGCAGCUGGCUGCAGCCAGGGCGCACCGCCGCCCCUCAUCAGGCCCGGCUCCUUCGGACCUGAGAGAGAAGCUGGUUCAGACGGACCACACUGAGCUCAGUCAGACUGCGAUGUACAGAGAUCUCUACAUGGAGGCUCUGAACCGGAUAACUGAGCUGGAGCUUGAUGGAAAUUCUCUGCAGAAUCUCGUCCAGGCUGUGCAGGAGAUGAGAGCUGCCAUGUCGUCUUUGAGCAGCGACACAGAUGUAGCUCUGUCCAACAUGAAGAAAAUGGGCGAAACCGUCAGGGAGGACCAUCAGAACCUGGCGUCUCAUUACGAGCUCAUCAAGUCCCUGUUUGAGAAAUCAAAAGGAACUCAGAGAAGAAUCCUGGAGAACGUGAAAGAAGUUCUUCAGCAGAGGGACAGCAUGGAGGCUCGGAUGGAAGAAGCCUUCGUGGCCAAGGAGGCGGCUUUCAGUGCGAUGGAUCAGCUGCGGACGCACUGCGCCUCUGAAAUCUCAGCUCUGCAGAAAUGUGUCGGAUCUCAGGAGGAGCUGCUGACGGCUCUGAACCAAACCUACCCGGAUCAGGUUGCUCUGAACCGGACCUGCCAGGAAACUCUGAGCUCGGCCUCCGAUCUUCUGUCCCGAACUGCAGCGGAUCACUGCAGCCUGAUGAAGGAGCUUUGCAGCGUGCGGAGCCUCCUGCAGAAAACGGCCCCGACGCUCCUUCAGCUGAACGGACGAGCCGCCGCCGCGCUGAGGGAGAGGGACGAGCAUCGGGUGGCGAGAGAGCGAGCCGCCGAAGAGAGAGAGCAGAUUGAAGACGAGCUGAAGGAAACUCACCUGAACCUUCAAACCGCCUCGCAGCAGAUCGACGAUUUAAACUUGCAGAUCACCAUCCUGACAUCAGAGAUGGGCGUCCUGCGGCAGAAACUAAUGGCGGGAGAGGAGGAGUCGGCUCAGCAGGAGAGGAAGGUGACGGAGCUGUCGGCGACCAUUUCCUCCACGCUGGCGUCCUACGCCUUCCUAGAGCAGGCGCUCGCCGCCGAGACCACCAAGCUGCAGCAGUCCUGGAAAGACUUGCAUGAAGCCAACGACCGAGCAGAUCAGCUGCAGGCGUCUCUGUCGGGUUCAGAGCAGCGGGUCAGUGAACUGGAACUGGUGCUGGCUGAGAGCGACCAGCGGCUCGGUCAGCUCCAGAACCUUUCCCAGUCUCAGACGGUUCAGAUCCAGCAGCUGCAGGAAGUCUGCACCCAGCUGGGCGGCGUGCGGGAAAUGAAUGAGUUCCUGCAGAUGGAGAAUGAGCUGGCGAGGGAGCAGGUGGCUGAGAGCGAGCGGAUGCUGAGGAGCAACCUGCAGGCGCUUCGGGAGAGAAACAUCGAGUGUGAAGACCUGAAAUCAGAAGUGUGCAAACUUCAGCUUGAGAAUCAGAGUCUGAGUGACGAGUUGGAAACGACCCGAUGCGCAGCCGGCGCCGCUCGCAUGGAGCUGCAGGAGAAGAUGGCUGAGGCGGUCACUGACAUCACCGUCCUGCAUCACACGCUGCGCGGUCUGACCACAGAGCUGCAGGUUUCCCUUAGCAACCAGAGGGAAGAACACCAAAAGCAGAGAGAGUCGGCCAUGUUCUCCGGUGCGGCGCGCCAUCAGACGUCCAGCUCCUUCAUCGACAGCGUCAUGGUGGCUCUAACGGCCGAGGAGGAGGAAGACGUCCGAACAGACUCGACUUUAGAUGCAUCAGAGCAACAGAGUGACGCGUUUUUCAGCGAGACGAGCGCCUUCACCCGCGUCGCAGCUCUGAACCCAAAGACCAUCUCGGACCCAGUCCAGGAUGAAGAGGAGGAUGAGGAGGAGCAGAGCAGCAUGGCGGAGCUCCUCUCCGGCCUCAGCAGAACCGUCACAGAGCUCAUCAGCACGCUGCAGCAGGCUCAGCGCUGCAGCCACGCGCAGCUGCAGGAGCUGCACAGCACCAUCGGUGGCCUGCAGAUGGAGCUGCAGACCUCAAGCAGCAGGCAUCAAGCUGAAGUCCUUGAGCUGAAGCAGGAGGUGCGGCGCCUCAGCAGCCUGGUGGAGAGAGGAAACCAGGCUCUGCAGCACAAAGCUCAGGACGAGAAAACUCUGACGAAGCUGAUGGCAGACGUCCAAGAGGCCCAGGAGAUUUUAAACAAACACAAGAGCGACAACAAUGAGUUGCGAAGGGAUGCGGCUGAGCUGCGUCGCGCCCUGCAGCAGUCCAGGGUGGAGUCCCAGUUCCUGCGGGAGGAGCUGAGGAGAAUCAGCGGCCCGGCGGCGACCCCAGCUCACCACAUGGAGGAGAAGAUCAAGCUGCUGAAGGAGGUGGAGAAGCUGAAGGCCAGUCUACAGGAAGCAGAGCAGGCCAAAUUUAAACUCCUGGAGAGAGCCAAGCGGCAUCAAAUCAUCCAUCAGACCAACCAGCAGAAGACUGAGAAUGAGCUCCAGAUUUUAAACCACAUGAUCAAUAAAGUCAGAGAGACUCUCCUCUCGCUGCCAGAAGUGGUGAAACGUUGUGAACAGCUGCAGCAGCUGGUGGAUUACAUCGGCUGAAGCGUUUCUGGUUGUCGACACGCAUUUAGAUUAUUUAUAUUCUUUCUUUUCAUUGACUUGUUUUUAAUCUUAAGAAUGAUUAAAAUAUCUUAACAUGUUGGACAUGUUAUUUCUUUAGUCAAUAAAUUAACGAUAUAAACAUUAAA